UUGCGAAAUCCUUUUGAACUUUGUUCUGUACUGAUUCUCAGCUGUACUGCUAUUAAAACCUGGACGGUUUUCCCCAACGAAAAUUCUAACGCCUUUGGUUACGAUGCAAUUCACUACUCUUGUCGCAUUCGCCCUUGCCACUACUGCCUCUGUGCACGGUGCUCCAGUCCAUAAGCGCAUUGCCCAGGUCAUCGCUGACUCGACUACCAAGUGGGAGGCAGCAUGCGAUGCUGCUGGUGGAGGUGCCCAAUGCAACGAAGUUGCUGUUGCGUCAUUCGGCACUCUCCUCGCUGCUCCAGGUCCAUGCGCGCAGCAGGAUGCCGCUGACAACAUGAUUGACCUCGCAAAGACUCUCAGUAACAACGCAGACAUGAUUAAAUUUGCUCAGAUCUUCGCCCAACAGCCCCGGAACUCUCCUACAUCACAGAGCGUGCCCUACUGUCAAUCGGCCCCGCGUAAUGCUGAGCUCAAUGGGCUCUUCCAGUGUCAGUUCCAGGGUGAUAAUCCAACGACCUUUGUCGGUGGCACAGCCGUUGGCGGUAGCGGGACUAUUCCUUUCGGUAUGAGUGCAGCUGUCAACCCGGCUGGUUCUUGCCCCGCAAAUCCCUCCGGUCCCAUCGCUGAUGGCACACAACUCGUGGAUCUCACCCAGAACCCUGGUGUCGGUGGCACAGCUGCCUCCAAUGCCACCACUGGUGGAAGUAACAGCACCUCAACAGUGGACACACCUUCGUCUGGUUCUUCGGAUUCUGACUGCGGCGAAGAUUCAACCGAAUCCACGCCUACUCCUUCGCCCACUGCGGCAGCUUCUAGCGCUGUAUCCGGGUCUGCAAUGCCUUCAAGCACUAGUGGAAACUUUAAGCUCACCAACGGCCAGGACGCUCAGAAGCUCAACGCGCAGUUUGCUACGCUAACGGCUACCUCUCUCUGCACUGGGGGUACCAAUGCAUGCAUCAACGGCGCCUUUGCGCAGUGCGUAGGGGGCUCGUACGUGACUCAAUCCUGUGGGUCAGGUCUCAUUUGCGCUGCACUUCCUCUCGUCAACUCUGCUGGAACGUCGAUCACCUGCACGACGAAUGCUGAUGCUCUGGCUCGUAUUGCUGCCACUGGCGCGCAGGGUGGCCUCACUGGAUGAGGUUGUUAUUGAAUACUGGCAUAAAGUCAUCGAUCAAGUCGCUAGCCGACAUUGAUAUAAUUUUUUCUUCGCCGAGUUUUGGAUUAUACAGUAUACAAACUGCUAUUAUGUAGCAUCAUACUAACAACCUUUGUAUCAGUAUUGGUAACACCAGUUUGUAUAAAUUCGUUAUCUGAUAAGUGUAUGAUCAAUGUUAGUCCCCUCUAGCCAGAACGAAGUCAGUUGUUCCAUAU